GCCUGAGUUCAAUCCCCAGUUUCACAAAACAAACAAACAAAAAAAAAACAAUAAACAAGCAGCUCAGUGGGCCAGUGCUGUGGGGUGGAGAAGCAGCUUGUUGUGGAGCCCUGGGCCACCAACCCCAUGCCCUGAUGAGGUCUGCAGUACAAAUCAGAUCACAUUCUCCCUUGCUGGGAGACCACUGUGGGGUCCACCCUCUGCUCAAAUGUGCAGCACAUACAAGGUGCAGAUGCUGUGGCCUGGCUAGUAUGGAACUGUGCACGCUGUGGGACAGGCCAGGAGGAGAGCUGGAUGGUCAGUGACCCGGGGAACAGGAGGAGAGUGGCUGGAGUUAAGCUGCCAGACCCUGGCUAACUGGUUCCCUGUGCCCCAGAGCAAGGGGCACAGAGAAACAGGAAGUACUACUCAGCCCUGCCCAGCCUGUCCCCUCACACAGCUUGGGCUGCCUGCUCCCAGCCAGACCUGUAGGGCACCAACAAUUCAUGGCAGCACCACUGGGCCCAGCCCUUCUGCAGAACAGGGGCCCAAGGAGGUCCCACUGUGAAGGUGAAGGAUGGGAGCAACAGGCACUGCUGUCCUCCCAGGAGGCCCUCAGGGUGAGGAGGGAGGAGGAGGAAACCUAGCAGCCAGACUGGCUGUCAGGCUGUGGGGAGGGCAGUGCUCCCUUCCCCAAAUUACUGCUGCAGUCACCCUUGGCAUGGCCUGGCCCAGCCCUGGGAGGAGCUGAGCCCUUUACAGGCUGCUUCCUGUUAACACACCCUCGGCUUCCUUCCCCCCAUUCCUGCAGAUUCUGCUAAUGAGGGCCUGUCACCAGGCCCCAGGACUGAGUCAUCUACCCCAGUGACAGGCAUCUCACUCUCCUGGGCUACUCCCAGACACACUGGGGGCUGGGGUGAGGGUGGUGGGGCUAUGGUGAGACAGGAAGUAGCACGGUGACACAACCCAGGCUGCCCCCUAGACCAGUCUCAAGAGGAAUCUGAAGCUCCCCAUAGGCCUGGGUGUUGGUCACGGCUGCCCAGAUCCUGCCUGCGGAUGCUACAAUUACCUCAGAGCAUGAAACCCGGCUUCCCACCUGACUGAGUCAGCUGAAAACAAAACACUGCCACUGCCACACUGGCACAAACAGCCAAGCCACUAAUCAGAGCCCUACAGCCACCAGCAGAGAAGACACAGUUCUCCACUGGCCCAGAGACGGCGGUGCCCACAGCAGCUAGAGGGAGAGCCCGGCGCAUCUGCCUCCUGCCUGCGGAAGGAGCCCAUGAGGAUCAUCCUCUGCCACCUGGCCGCCCUUGCCCCGGCUCAGUAAGUGCUCUGUUCUGGCUGGGGUUUUUCCACUGCACUAUCAGGUAACCAGGCCACUCCUGUUCCUGUGGGACCUUUUGCUGCCAGAACUCCCAGCUCUGCUGUCCUGGACAAAGAGCACUCCUUGCUGGGCCUUCUGUCACCAUACAAGACGCUAGCCAGAGGACCAUGCUAAGCAGAAACCCAGGCCUCUGCUUCUAGUGCAACCAGGCUGUCCCUCACUCUUGGCUUUUGCCACCCAGUGGGGACCAGAUGGUCACUAGCUGCUGUUGAGUGCCUGACUACUGGGCUUCUGAGGCAUCUGCUGGUUCCCCUGGGUCCAAUGGAGACCUGGCGGAAAGGCUCCUUCCGCAAUGCCUCCUUCCUCAAGCGGCUGACCCUGGGGCGGCCACGGCGACUCCGGCGACAAGGCAGUGUGCUUAGCCAAGCCAGCACUGCUGGUGGUGAUCACGAAGAGUACAGCAACCGAGAGGUCAUCCGGGAACUUCAAGGGAGGCCAGAUGGACGGCGCCUGCCCUUGUGGGGUGAUGAGCAGCCCCGGGCCACCUUACUAGCCCCACCUAAGCCUCCUCGCCUCUACCGAGAGAGCUCCAGCUGCCCCAACAUCCUGGAGGCCCCCACCACCUAUGCUGCUGCCUACUCAGCCACCCUGCCCUCGGCAAUCUCCCUCACGGGCACCCUCCACCAAUCCUCAGAGGAGGAACUUUCAGACACUGCCCCCUUCCAGAGGACACCUGCUCCGGACCUCAGUGACCCUUUCUUCUCCUUCAAGGUGGACCUGGGGAUUUCGCUUCUUGAGGAGGUUCUACAGAUGCUAAGGGAGCAGUUCCCCAGCGAGCUUAGCUUCUGAGGGGUGAGCAGGGCAGUGCUGGACCCUGGUGACCCUGAGGAGGCAGGUAGAGUUGUACAACAAGGAAAAAGCAAGGGUUCUUCCUGCUUUCCAAGAUACAUCAGAAUGAAAAGAAAGGCCAGUGGGAAUGCUGGGGUUUAUUUUCUCGCAGGAACCCUGAAGGAAGCUGCUGAAGCCAGGAAGGAGAGGCCACACCCGGUAACUACAGAAGUCAGCACAGUGACAAGUUGGCACAGGGGCGAGUCACAGUGAGGACACCAACUAGGCAGAAUGGACACUGCCCUGCAGCACCCUCCUCUGAAGCCAGUCAGCAGAGAGGUCACAGGACACAUCUGGGCAAAAGUCCAGAGGGCUUGGGGGCAGUGGGGAGGCCUGAGAAGAGGGGAAAUAGGCUUGACUUUGUCUAAUUUGGUGGCCACUUGCUACAUGUGGCUGUUUAAGUAUAUUAAAGUAAAACUGCAAAUUCAGUUUCUGGCUAUACAAGCUGCACUGUACCUGGUUAAUGGUACAACACUGGGAAACACAAGCAAGAACACAGACAGCUGGCUGGCUAGAUGCUGGCCUGGAGCCAUCCAUGUGUGGGGUGGGCAGGGAAGGCAAAAGCAAAAGGGGCUGCAGGAACAAGAACAGGCUGAUAGCAGGAGAGGUAGGUAGAGACACAAGAGCGAAAGGCAGGAGGAGCAAGACCAGAGGAAUCGCUAAUAGGAAAGAAGACAUAAGAGUCAGCCUGUCACUAUAGCUGUCUGGAGCAAUCCCUAGGCCCGAGAGAGGGUAUGUCAGCCAAAGGCACCAAUGCAGAUUGCAAAGGGGUGCUUUAGGAUCCCCAGGAUUAUCAGCUAUGGCAGUGUUUGGCAAAUGCUGCAGAAACCAUAGCAGGUAUCUUUGCUAGAAGACAGGAGGACUGGAUCAGGGUGAAUACUAAACGAUGAAGAAGCGUUAUCUAGGCCUCAGAAUCUUCCACCAAGCAUGAGGUGCUCUGCCUUGGCCAAACCCCUGACAAUGGGACUGCCAGGCAAGCCAGGCCCACUGGCCCAGGCCACCAGCUGUGCUACUAUCUCACCCUGUGGCCUGUCAGAGACCUGAAGGCAGAGCUCAGCAGCUCUCAGCCAGGCCAUAGGGGAGAGAAGUUCUGACAUCUGCUGCCUCCACAACCCAAAUCGUUAGCCUUGUUCUUUCUAGCCUUGUUCUUUCCUCCUCUUGUGUGGCGGUGCCGAGCUAUAAUGUCCCUCUGUGCAUACAAGAGUAAUACAGUUCUUGGGGCCAGGGAGAUAGCUCAGUGG